AUGGCGAGGCUGCACGCCGCGGCCCCGCGGGCGCUCGUGCUGUGUACCGGCGACAGCUUCUACGGCCGGCCCGGGGAGGGCGGCGCGGACUUCCUGUACUCCGCCGUGGGCAACCACGACGUCGGCGGUGCCCGCGGGGCGCCCAGCCUGCGGAUGCACGGCGCGUGCGGCGAGGCGGCGGCGCCGCCCGGGGCGCGCGGCGGCGCGGCGGGCGCGCGCGCGCGGUGGCGCUGGCGGUGCCCGGGCAUGGGGCCGUACAGCGUGAGCGAGGACUGGCGAGCCGCUGGCUUUGACCUGGCGCCGCUGCCGGCGGGGCUGGUGGACCUUCUCGUGUUGAACACCAACAAAUUCCAGAUUGGAAUGCGGCUGCAGGACGGGGAGUUCGACUGGGACGCGCAGAAGCGCUGGCUGCGCGACGCUCUGCGGCAGAGCGAGUGUACGUGGAAGCUCGUCGUCGGGCACCACCCGGUGGAGUUUGUGCCCCACAGCCUGCUGGAGCACGCGGUGCCCGGCCUGCGCUGGCUGACGGCGACGUUCAUGACGGGGAAGCCUCUCCUGAAGAAGCUGUUUUCCAGCUCCGUCGCGGACGUGAUCAUCACCGAGGGGGCGGACGCGUACCUCUGCGGCCACCAGCACCUGAUGGCCCACCUCGUCCGGCGCGUGCUGCCGAGGCGGCUGGCCCUGCGGCGGCACCCGGGCGCCAGGCCCGGCUGCAGCUACGUCAUCGUCGGCAGCUCCUCGAAGACGGAGCGGGGCGACGGGUGGCUCGGCGCCGUGUCUGCGCUCGUGCGGCGGAAGCUGGAGGACACGCGCCGGAAGAUGCGCGAGCUCUGGUGGAGCGAGAUCGGCUUCUGCUCCGUUCAGGCGUGCCCGCGGCGGCUGCGCUUCGAGUUUUUCUCAGUGAACCAGGCCGGGGAGGCCUCCAGCGUCUACGAGUACAGCAUCAACCGCAGCGCUUCUGGCUGACGACGUUUCUCGGAGCCGUGCUCCAGCGAGCGGAUCGACUUCUGCUCCGUUCAGGCGUCUUCGCAGCGGCUGCGGUUCGAGUUCUUCCUCGGUGCCUGCCGCUGGACGCCGAGAGGCCUCCAGCGUCUACGAGUACUGUAUCAACCGCAGCGCCUUUGGCUGACGACUGUGCUGCUCGGAGGCGCGAUUUUCGAAUACGUUCGAAGACGACAAAAGCUUCGUACGGAUCAACGUGCGGAGUUCCGCGCAGACUUCUUGGAUCUGCGCUUGGCCCCCGGACCCGCUUGCCGGGCAGGCCGGGAGCCCGAGGCGCAUUCCUCCUAGGCGAUCGUGGCAUUGGCGGUGCUCAGGUAUAUGGUGACCACACGACGUAUACGAGGAGCAUGCCCGUGACCGCCUUUACAUGCAGAGGCGGCGCGUGCGACGCGACGAAGGCAGCCAUCCGGGCCACCCGCCGCGGACCUCGCGCUGCCUUUCUCGCCCGCCGUCGCCCGCUGCGGCGCCUCGCUGCGGCGCGGCGAGGCCGGGGUGGCAGCGGCGGCCGGGGCUGGACCAGUCGGACGACGCGGUCGAGCGGUGGCGAAUCCCUGCUCAGCGCGGGCGGGCUAUGCGGCGGGGCGACCGGCGCAGGAGCUGCUGGACGCCGCGAGGCUCGGCCCCUCUCCGCAGCCAUCCCCGGGGGCGGGCGGCGUGCUCUCCUCACUCGGGGCGCCGUGCCCCGAGAGUGCGGCCUCCCCGUGGGGGCCUCCGUCGGGCCCCCGGGGGCCCAUCGCAGAAGUGGAUCCCGGCGGG